AUGGCUGUUAAUGGUGCUGGGUUUGUAUACAAGUUUGUUGCCUUGCCAAUAUUAGUAGUUGGAACUUAUUAUUUAACAAAAAACAAAAUGGAUGAGAAUAUCAAUGACUUUGACGAUGAGAGUAAUGAUGAGCUUGAAUUGUACGUAGUACUGCAAGUUGUAAUGCAAGAGCUAUUUGCCUUAUGCACUGUAGCUUCUGUUGUCAUUCAAGUAAUCUUGAAGAAGUAUUUAUCUAGAUCUGGACAGACUGUCAGUCGAUAUGUCAAUGAUGUGUUAAAGGCUGUGCUACGCUUGCAAGCCAACUUACUUAGUACACCAAAUCCUAUUACCGAAGCAAACACAGAUCCACGGUGGAAUUGCUUCCAGAAUUGUCUUGGAGCACUUGAUGGCACCUAUAUCAGAGUUCGUGUACCCCUGAUUCAUCAAGCAAGAUAUAGGACAAGAAAGGGAGAUAUUGCUACUAAUGUUCUAGGAGUUUGCUCCCAACAAAUGAAUUUCAUAUAUGUGUUGCCGGGGUGGGAAGGGUCAGCGGCCGACUCUAGGGUUUUAAGAGAUGCGAUCAAUCGGCCUAAUGGCCUAAGGAUUCCAAAUGGUUACUACUACCUAGUGGAUGCGGGUUAUACAAAUGGGCAAGGAUUCUUAGCACCUUACCGUGGUCAGCGAUACCAUGUGUCUAUUUGGAGAGAAGGGGCAACUCCAAGUAAUUACCAAGAAUAUUUCAAUAUGAAACAUGCACAAGCCAGGAAUGUCAUAGAAAGGUCUUUUGGAUUGUUGAAAAUGAGAUGGGCAAUACUUCGCAGUGUAUCAUACUACCCCAUUAGAACCCAAAAUCGUAUUAUCACAGCAUGUUGCUUGUUACACAAUUUCAUUCGACGAGAGAUGGCAGUUGACCCUAUAGAGAAUGACGAUGAUGACGAAGAAAAUCAACUGCCAAUGGGAGAUGAUUUCAUUGAUACUGUUGAGACAUCUAAUGAAUGGACUGUUUGGCGGGAUACACUUGCUAUGCAAUUGUACAAUGAUUGGUUGGCUAGUGGGGGGGCUGGAUGA